AUGCCAGUCGCGCAUUCUCCCAUCCAGGCGCUGAAAAGCAGCUCUGCUGUACCGACGACGAUCCUUGAAGAUCCAUCCGGAAGUCUAAGCCAACAGGGGUUUGACGUUUAUGCAUCCUACCAACGUAUUCUCGAGAAUGAAGAAAUUGCUACACCUUUGGCUGCAAUCCUUGCACUCACAGAAUUAAUCGAACAUUCCAAAGCCGGCACCAUGUUCGAGCUCGUCAAGGAGCUCCACGAAGCCGCUGAAAUUCUCAAGAAAAGGACGACGAAUCCCAUCAGUCUGAAUGCAGGAACUGAGCUGUUCAUUGCUUUCGUUACGCUCUUCCCGCAUGAGUCAGACAAUUUCGCCGAUCUCAAGACGAAGCUAGUCAAACAGGGCCAGGACUAUGCUGCAGAAGCCUUAACUUUCCGCGGAAAGAUUUCAGAGCUGGCUUUGGACUUCAUCAAGGAUGAUUCCAUACUAACUCAUUCAUACUCGCGAGUGGUGAUGCAGACGUUGCUUCGGGCUCACAAGCAAAAGCGAAUAUCCGUCUACGUGACGGAAGCUCGACCACGUGGUCUAGGUGUCAAAACAUACGAGGCUUUGACAGCGGCCGGCAUUCCUUGUACCAUGGUCCUUGAUUCGGCAGUAGCUUAUGUCAUGGACAUGGUGGACUUCAUACUUGUUGGAUCUGAAGCUGUAGUCGAAAGCGGGGGUCUUAUUAACGCCGUAGGCAGCAACCAGAUAGCUAUAAUAGCCAAGGCUGCUAAAAAGCCAUUCUAUGCUCUAGCAGAGAGUUACAAAUUCCAUCGUCUCUUCCCCUUAUCGCAAUAUGAUCUACCGACGCACAAUGAUGACAUUCUGUCGUUUCCACGCCACGCACAGCGAUUGUCUCCGGUACUGACUGCGAGGCCAUCCGUGGCUCCGAGUCCGCUGGCUAUGACCCCUGAGCAAAUACUUCGGAAUCCCAGAGUUGACUACACCAUGCCGGAUCUUAUCUCUCUCGUAUUUUCGGAUGUUGGUAUUCUCACUCCUGAGGGUGUGAGCCAGUAUCUCGUUGGCAUGUUUGCUGGAUGA